AGCUGCAAUGAAGGCAGGAGGAAAAUUAUUAAUGCAGAAGAGGCCCAAUCUCUAUUGGACAGCAUGUGCAGCUCAUUGCAUAGACCUUAUUCUUGAAGAUAUUGGUAAGAAAAGUAACGUGAAGAAGGUCUUAGAAGAUGCAAGAACAAUAACCUCAUUUAUUUACAACCACACAUGGACAGUGAAUUUCAUGAAGAAAUUCACAAAUAAUAGAGAGUUACUUCGCCCUGCCAUCACUCGAUUUGCCACAAAUUUCAUUGCUUUGGAGACUAUUGUCAGGCAUAAACAAGCACUAAGGGAAAUGUUUACAUCUGAUGCUUGGAAAAACUCAAGGUUUGGAAUGGCAAAAUCAGGCCCAGCAUAUGAUUCGAAGAAAAUUAUCUUAGGCAAAGAGUUUUGGCAAAAGGCCUCUGAUAUAAUUAAAGUGCAAGAACCCUUGGUGAAAGUUCUUAAAUUGGUUGAUGGUGAUGAAAAACCAACCAUGGGCUUCAUAUACGAGGCAAUUGAUAGGGCGAAGUUGGCCAUUCAAAAAGAUUGCCGGUUUUACAAAGACUAUUGGAAAAUUAUUGACAACCGGUGGAGUUUUCAGUUGCACCAAGAUUUGCACGCUGCUGGGUAUUUUUUGAACCCACAAUUUCUUUAUGGUGCCCCACCCUCUCCUGAAGUUGCUAGAGAAGUCAUGGAUGGAGUUAAAAAAGUGAUAACCAAGUUGGUACCCGAUAUAGAUACUCAAAUUCGGGCUAUUAAUCAAUUGUUGCUAUAUCGAGAUAGGCAAGAGACUUUUGGAACCCCGUUGGCUCAAAGGGCAGUAAAACAAACAAAUCCUGCUGAAUGGUGGAUUCAUUAUGGCUUGUGUGCUCCUGAGCUCCAAAGAAUAGCAAUUAGAGUUCUUAGCCAGACCACAUCAGCUUCGAACUGUGAGCGUAAUUGGAGCACCUUUAGCCUCAUCCAUACGAAAACAAGAAAUAGAUUAAAGUACAUGAGACUACAAAAACUUGUUUUCGUACAUUACAACAUGAGGUUAAAGUUAAGACGUACAAUGAGAAGAAGCCAACGAGAAAUUGAAGAGGGUUUCAAUCCUAUCAAUUUGGAUUACAUUUUCGAAGAAGAUGAUCCUUUAAGUCAAUGGUUAGAGGAGAGAGAGACACCACUACUCGACGGUCAGGACAAUUCAAAUUGGUUAAAUGAAGAGGUUGGUGGUACUACAGAAGGAGGUGAUCAACCACCAAUAAACGCGCAUGAUGAUUCAAGUUCAAGUCCUGAACGCACACAAAGUGAUGACAAUCUUGGUUUGAGCCCACCAAGUGAUGAUGAUGGUAAUAGUGGUGCUGGAGCUGGGGUUGGGGGGGGUGGCAGUGGUGGUGGUGGAGGCGGCGGUGUAGAAUAUAAUUAUGGAUAUGAUACAGGGACAUCAUUUGGAAGGGAUAUAUAUCCUUCUGAUCCUUAUGGACUACAUGACAUACCUGAAAAUUAUGACUUGGGUAUUCCUCCAGGGAACCAAUCUUCACAACCCAGGAGAAGGAGUGCUCGUGGUGACCCUAGCGAUUCUACUGAAGAUUCAUAUGGUGUGGUUCGUAGUUUUGGCGACUUUGGUUUAGAUGGUUCAUCAUCACAAUCAUAUGGAUCUCAUCCAGCAUAUCCACAUUAUGCAUCUCGUGACUCACAUUUUUAUCCCAGUGGAUCAGGAAUCUCAGGAUCUAGUGAGUCUUCUUCUACACACUACCCAGAGCCAGCCCCUGCCCCAACUUAUAGACAUUAUUCAGGAGAAUUUUCAUCACCAGUACAUUUUCAAGAGCAACAACAAAAUGACGCAAACUUGGGUUCAUUUAACUAUGUAUUUCCACAAGGAUGGGGAGAUAAUUUCCCAUCCCAAUCUCAAGAUACAGAUGCAAAUUAUGAAGACCCUCCACGUCAUUCUUUUUGGUGGUGACAUGAGUUAUGUUAUAAAUUUGUAAUAUUGUAUUCAUGUAUUUUCAACUAUUUAUUGAUAUUUGAUAUUAAUCACUUUUUAAAUUCAUGUAUAUGUAAUCACUGUAAUGUGUAUAUUGAGUAUUAAGUCUAUUGAGUAUUGAUUCAUUUUUAGUAA